AUGGCGAGUGGCUGGGACGCGCGGCCGCCCUGGCGGCCCGGGCGCCUCCCGCUGCUGCUGUGUCUACUGCUGCUGCUGCAGCUGCUGCGGAGCCCGGCCCGGGCCGCGCACAUCAAGAAGGCGGAGGCGACCACGACGACGACGACGAGCGCGGGCGCCGAGGAAGACAAGGGCCAGUUUGACCGCUACUACCACGAAGAGGAGCUGGGCUCGGCGCUGAGGGAGGCGGCGGCCGCGGGGCCCCCGGGCCUGGCCCGCCUCUUCAGCAUCGGCAGUUCGGUGGAGGGCCGGCCGCUGUGGGUGCUGCGCCUCACGGCCGGCCUGGGGCCACCGCCUCCUGACGGCGACCCGGGGCCCGACGCGGCGGGGCCGCUCCUGCCUGGCCGGCCGCAGGUGAAGCUGGUGGGCAAUAUGCACGGGGACGAGACCGUGUCGCGCCAGGUGCUCAUCUACCUGGCCCGCGAGCUGGCGGCCGGCUACCGCCGCGGGGACCCGCGCCUGGUCCGCCUGCUCAACACCACUGACGUGUACGUGCUGCCCAGCCUCAACCCCGACGGCUUUGAGCGCGCCCGCGAGGGUGACUGCGGCCUCGGCGACAGCGGCCCUCCCGGGGCCAGCGGCCGCGACAACAGCCGCGGCCGCGACCUCAACCGCAGCUUCCCCGACCAGUUCAGCACCGGCGAGCCCCCGUCCCUGGACGACGUGCCAGAGGUGCGCGCCCUGAUCGAGUGGAUCCGCAGGAACAAGUUUGUGCUCUCCGGAAACCUGCAUGGUGGCUCGGUGGUAGCAAGCUAUCCUUUUGAUGACUCUCCAGAACAUAAGGCCACUGGAGUCUAUAGCAAAACUUCAGAUGAUGAAGUAUUUAGAUAUCUGGCAAAAGCCUAUGCUUCAAACCAUCCCAUAAUGAAAACUGGUGCCCCUCAUUGUCCUGGAGAUGAAGAUGAAACUUUUAAAGAUGGGAUCACGAAUGGUGCGCACUGGUAUGAUGUGGAAGGUGGUAUGCAAGAUUAUAAUUAUGUAUGGGCCAACUGUUUUGAGAUCACGUUAGAACUAUCCUGUUGCAAGUACCCACCUGCUUCACAGCUUCGGCAAGAAUGGGAGAACAAUCGUGAGUCUUUGAUCACGCUGAUUGAAAAGGUCCACAUUGGUGUUAAAGGAUUUGUUACAGAUUCAGUAACAGGAGCUGGCUUAGAGAAUGCAACUAUCUCAGUGGCUGGUAUUAAUCAUAAUAUCACAACAGGAAGAUUUGGUGAUUUCCACAGAUUACUUGUUCCUGGAACUUAUAACAUUACAGCAGUUUUAACUGGAUAUAUGCCACUGACUGUUAAUAAUAUCAUAGUGAAAGAAGGACCAGCCACAAAGGUGAAUUUUCCCCUACGACCGACGGUGGCUUCAGUAAUCCCUGACGCGACUGAGGCUGUAGUAACAGCUAGCACAGUUGCAACGCUUAAUAGUCCUCUUGGUACACAGUCCACCCACCAGCCAAUUCAACCACAGGACUUUCACCACCACCAUUUCCCUGACAUGGAAAUCUUCCUGAGAAGGUUUGCCAAUGAGUAUCCUAACAUCACCCGACUUUAUUCUUUGGGAAAAUCAGUAGAGUCAAGAGAACUUUAUGUAAUGGAGAUAUCUGAUAACCCAGGUGUCCAUGAACCAGGUGAACCAGAAUUUAAAUACAUUGGAAAUAUGCAUGGAAAUGAAGUGGUUGGAAGAGAAUUGCUACUGAACCUCAUCGAAUACCUUUGUAAGAACUUUGGCACAGAUCCUGAAGUAACAGAUUUGGUUCUUAACACUAGAAUUCACCUUAUGCCAUCCAUGAAUCCUGAUGGGUAUGAAAAGGCCCAGGAAGGAGAUCCAGUAAGUGUAAUUGGCAGAAACAACAGCAACAACUUUGACCUGAACCGGAAUUUCCCAGACCAGUUUGUUCAGAUCACAGAGCCCACCCAACCAGAAACUAUUGCUGUAAUGAGCUGGAUGAAGACCUAUCCAUUUGUGCUCUCAGCAAACCUGCAUGGAGGUACUUUGGUGGUUAACUAUCCUUUUGAUGAUGAUGAACAAGGCAUUGCCACAUAUAGUAAAUCACCAGAUGAUGCUGUGUUUCAACAAAUAGCACUUUCUUAUUCCAAGGAAAACUCGCAGAUGUUUCAAGGUAGACCUUGUAAGAAUAUGUACCCUAAUGAGUAUUUUCCUCAUGGAAUAACAAAUGGAGCCAGUUGGUACAAUGUCCCAGGUGGUAUGCAGGACUGGAACUAUUUGCAAACAAAUUGCUUUGAAGUGACUAUUGAACUAGGUUGUGUGAAAUACCCAUUUGAGAAAGACCUGCCAAAAUUUUGGGCACAGAAUCGAAGAUCCCUAAUCCAGUUUAUGAAACAGGUCCAUCAGGGUGUCAAAGGAUUUGUCCUAGAUGCCACAGAUGGCAGAGGUAUAUUAAAUGCCACCAUUAGUGUUGCUGAAAUUAAUCACCCAGUAACUACUUACAAAAAUGGAGAUUACUGGCGUCUCUUGGUUCCAGGAACUUAUAAAAUCACCGCAUCUGCUCGAGGGUAUAACCCAGUCACCAAGAAUGUGACCGUAAAGAGUGAAGGUGCUGUUCAGGUCAACUUCACACUUGUCCGAUCUUCAGCAGAUUCAAACAAUGAAUCAAAGAAGGGCAAGGGGGACAGUACCAAUACUGAUGGUGUCAGCGAUCCGACCACUAAAGAGUUUGAAGCUUUAAUUAAAGACCUUUCAGCUGAGAAUGGUUUGGAACGCCUCAUGUUACGCUCCUCGUCAAAUCUGGCUCUUUAUCGUUACCAUUCAUACAAGGACUUGUCAGAGUUUCUGAGAGGGCUUGUGAUGAACUAUCCACUUAUUACAAAUCUUACCAAUUUGGGACAGAGUGCUGAAUAUCGUCACAUUUGGUCCCUUGAAAUCUCCAAUAAACCCAAUGUAUCUGAGCCUGAAGAACCAAAGAUUCGUUUUGUUGCUGGUAUCCAUGGCAAUGCUCCAGUUGGAACUGAACUUCUUUUGGCUCUGGCAGAAUUUCUCUGCCUAAACUACAAAAAGAACCCAGCUGUUACACAAUUGGUUGACAGGACUAGAAUUGUGAUUGUCCCUUCUCUAAAUCCAGAUGGGCGAGAGAAAGCACAAGAGAAAGACUGUACUUCCAAGACAGGACAGACAAAUGCUCGUGGCAAAGACCUGGAUACAGACUUCACAAGUAAUGCCUCCCAACCUGAGACUAAAGCCAUCAUUGAAAACUUGAUUCAGAAACAGGACUUCAGUCUUUCUGUUGCUCUAGAUGGUGGUUCGGUGCUGGUCACAUACCCAUAUGACAAGCCAGUGCAAACAGUGGAAAACAAAGAGACUCUAAAGCAUCUGGCGUCUCUUUAUGCAAAUAACCAUCCAUCGAUGCAUAUGGGUCAGCCCAGUUGCCCCAAUAAAUCAGAUGAGAAUAUUCCAGGAGGAGUAAUGCGUGGAGCAGAAUGGCACAGUCACCUGGGCAGCAUGAAGGAUUAUAGUGUCACCUAUGGCCACUGUCCGGAGAUCACAGUGUAUACGAGCUGCUGCUACUUUCCUAGUGCAGCACAACUCCCUUCGUUGUGGGCAGAAAAUAAGAAAUCUCUUCUCAGCAUGUUGGUGGAGGUUCACAAGGGAGUUCAUGGGUUUGUUAAAGAUAAGACUGGAAAACCAAUCUCUAAAGCAGUCAUUGUGCUCAAUGAAGGAAUAAAGGUACACACAAAAGACGGAGGUUAUUUCCAUGUACUGUUAGCCCCAGGCGUCCAUAACAUCAACGCCAUCGCUGAUGGGUAUCAGCAACAACAUUCACAGGUUUUUGUGCGUCAUGAUGCUGCAAGUUCUGUGGUAAUAGUCUUUGACACAGAUAACCGGAUCUUUGGUUUGCCACGGGAGCUUGUGGUAACUGUAUCAGGUGCCACCAUGUCGGCAUUGAUCUUAACAGCUUGCAUUAUCUGGUGCAUCUGCUCAAUCAAGUCUAACAGACACAAGGAUGGCUUUCAUCGGCUCAGGCAGCAUCAUGAUGAGUAUGAAGAUGAAAUUCGCAUGAUGUCAACUGGCUCCAAGAAGUCUCUCUUAAGCCAUGAGUUCCAGGACGAAACAGACACUGAGGAGGAAACGUUAUAUUCCAGCAAACAUUGA